UUGUUAGUGCUCACGCCUGUACCUGUUGGCUAAUACGUCGGGCUGAGACACCUGUUAGACAGAGAAAGACUUUUCCUCUGUUCACACCAACCACGCUCACUAGGACACAGAUCCUCAACAAAUCUUCCUGUGCUGGAUAUAAAGUGACAGCAGUGGCCUGCAAAGAAAAGAGAAAAAAGAAGAGAGCGAGAACCCCGUGAAACAAGCAUGUCAAAAGAGGGAGACAGAGCGUCCGUGCUGCGUACCACCAAAGUCCGGACAAGGCUGAGGGGAGACGCCAGCUGGUUGCAACGCAGCAAUGACUCUAAGGAUGAAACGCAAGAGGAGAAACCAUGGAUAGCAGAAGUUAAAGCCAGCCGUCUGAGCGGAGCCCCUGCUGACACCAGUCCAGUGUCUUCGCCAACAAAUUCUACUCCACCACCAACCAAGUAUGACACGGAGAGGCAGCCAACAUCCGGAUACCUUAUCAGGGGUGUUUUCACUAAAGUGGACAAGCCUCCUCCAUCCUCACCAUCUAACGGCUUUAGCAAAACACCGCAAUUCAACAAAAAGCCUUCAGAGACCUACAAGAAAAUAGCCCCCCACACUGUGCGGUCUGCUGCAGAGAAACAGGAGGGCCAGCUUAGCCUCGAGGAGCUGGAGAAGCGGACGGAGAAAGCCAGUAAUGUUCUGACGAAAUCUGCAGCCAGGCAACGGUCUUACGUGCUUUCAGCUGCAAAGAAAUACGAGUCUCAAGAAACGCCUGACACAUCGCUCAGCAAUAGCAGUCCAGCAUUUGUGGCUACAAGGGUGGAGAUUACUGAUGAUGAUGAGCCUUCUGAGACUCCUGCACCUGCCAGCGCUGUGCUGCCAUCCCCUGUUGUUCCUGUCACAUCUGUUGCAUCCAAGCCUGCGCCCGAACCUCAGAAAAUUGCUGACACCAGCACUAAGACAGCUGCUGCUGUGAGUGUUAAUGAGCCGGUUGCUCCAAAGUUGGAGAAGAAGGCCACCCCAGAGCCUGCAAAAGAAGAGACCCCUCAAGUGUCUGUUACACAAGAACAGCCAACUUUUGACACCAAGGUGGCUGCUCCCCUCCCUGAACUAAUCAAAGAUUGUCUUCAAGUAGCCUCUAAAGAGCCACAACCCAAAGAGUCUGGGCAGACUAACACGCCUCUGGUUGAUCUUUCGCCACCAUCAAAACCCCCAAUAUCAUCUAAUCAAAAGUCCCCUGAGUCGACCACUGCAGCGUCUCCUGUCCCGACCUCCACUGUCACCAAGUCACCUGCACCUGUGUCCCCGGAUGUGACUUCAACUCCUGAAAAAUCAGAUGUCAAAGUGUCUCCUGUCCCGACCUCCACUGUCCCAAUCUCCACUGUCACCAAAUCACCUGCACCUGUGUCCCCUGAUGUGACUUCAACUCCUGAAAAAUUGGAUGUCAAAGUGUCUCCUGUCCCGACCUCCACUGUCCCAACCUCCACUGUCACCAAAUCACCUGCACCUGUGUCCCCGGAUGUGACUGCAACUCCUGAAAAAUUGGAUGUCAAAGUGUCUCCUGUCCCGACCUCCACUGUCCCGACCUCCACUGUCACCAAGUCGCCUGCUCCUGUGUCCCCUGAUGUGGCUUCAACCCCUGAAAAAUCAGAUGUUAAAGUGUCCUCUGUCCCAACCUCCACUGUCAUCAAGUCACCUGUCCCAGUGCCUGCUGUAACAGAAUCUGGACUGAACACAAAACCUGAACCCAAAAUGGAACCAGAGCCACAGACUAAAUUGCCUCCAAAACCAAGCUCCGCUGCUGACACGCUCCAUGCUCUGUCCAACACUCUGAUUUCUUUCGACACCAGUUCAUCCAGUAGCUUUAAGAAUGAUGAGGAAGCCCUGGCAAACCAAAAAGGAGACUCAGCGGACGAUCACCCCACAGAGAACAGUGCUGAACAGAAGCCAGAUUCAGAGCUCAACAACUGUGAACCAAUAACAGACGAUCUCCUGGGUUUCAGUGAUGGUCCAGAGGAGCCAGCAGAGCCUGUUCCCCCCAGCCCAGGACGCUGGAGUCAGGAUCUGCUUGGUGGAAUGGACAGUAAGCCAAACCCAGUGAAGACCAGCGGCACUCUGGAUCUUCUGGCAAAUGAUGUCAUUGUAAGAGGCACAGAGGCACACAGCCUCAGCAUGCAGCGAGAGGAGGAGAAGCAGACAGACAAGACAGCCAAAGAAACACAAAGUGAAGAGGACAAUGCGGAUCCCUGGAGCUCACGUGUGACAACAGUGACAACCGUAGUCACUAAAUCAAGCUCGGCUGAUCCAUUUGAUCCAUAUCCGAUAGGGACCACAUCCCCUAACAGCUCCUCUGACCUGCGCCAGCCCCUCUCUGAUAGUUCCAUCAACAGUAUGGGCAGUAAUGCCUUGCGGUCCCUUGCAGAUGACAUCAUCCCUUUCAACACUGACAAAACAAGCACUCAGCGGUCAUGGGAAACCAGCACAGUCCAGGAGUCGAACACAGAGGAGAGCCAAGAAGCGCAACCAGAAGCAGAAGGCCAAGCUGAAGAUCAACAGACAGUCAUCAUGUUUGAGAGGAAGUCCCUUGAGAAUGACUCUCCGUGGGACCGAUGGACAUCACCGACUGUCUAUACCAUCCCCACAGAAGAGGAGGAGGAGGAGGAGGACGACGACGACGAAGAAGAAGAAGAGAAGCAAGAAGAGGAGCAGGGAAGGUAUCUUCGCACUGAGGAUACACAAACGGUCACAACUAUCACUACCAUCAGGGAGAUACGCAGUGAGCCUGAGCCCUCCAUGGAUCGUUUUGAUACCUAUUCCAGGACCAUAAGAGAAGAGGAGCAGAGAGUCAAAACCCCAGAACCUGAAACCAAAAAGCCGUUUGUGUUUGUGAAGGAGUAUGUCAAUGCAACUGAGACGUCCUUGCAGAACCCCAGAGACACGCUCAAUAGUAGGUCAGAUUACCUGACUUCAAGCUCCACCAGCUAUUCUUACAGCAGCCCAUCUCUUUACUCCAGCUACUCCAGGAUCCCACCGUCAUCUACCUGUACAUACUGCGGAGAGCAGGUGGGAAAUGAUGCCAAGAUUACCAUUGAGCACCUUAACAUCAACUGCCAUCCUUCCUGCUUCAAGUGUGAUAUGUGUAAGAAACCCAUGGGAGACCUUCUCCACAGUAUGUUCCUGCACGGUGGGAAAGUCCACUGCGAGACCUGCUACAGGGCCAUCUGAUCAUCAAGAGCUUCGCAGACCUCCUCUCUCUCUCCUUUCUGUCAUGUUAAUUCGCGCACAAAGCGAGAACUGCUCUUUUUUUCAAAGUUUGCACUGCAUUUGUUUGAACUCCUGAUUAAUGUAGCUUAAAGUGACCGGCGAGUAUGAUUUCUUAAACUUGAUAAUGACAUAUUUUAAAACCUUGCGUUGUGUUUUGAUGGUGGUGAAAGCUUUAUCUGCUUCGGUUUACUAUGAAGGAUACGUCUGUCCAACAUCACACACUGAUGUGAACAGAUUAAUACUGGUGAGAGGGAUACAAGAAUUUAGCAACAAUAGGAAAUAAAAAAAAAAAAAAAAAAAGAACUUGGUUACAAAAUGUUUACUUAAUUUUUGCUCUUCUUGAUACAAAAUAGUGUUUGCAUGUAUGAUGCUUUGUUAGCAAAAUAAAACAAUUUCUAUAA